AUGCUUCUCAUUGAGGAUCCACCAAUCGAGGUAGCAUCACCGGAUGCAAGCGAUUCAGGCUCGGAAUACAAUACCGUGUGCAACCCGCUGUCUAGGAUAGCAGUCGACAGGCUCUGUGACGAGCCCUUGUUCCAAGUCCCGUGCAAACCCUGGACCAUUACCACGGAUGAUGAUCACCUUAUCUCGAGCUUGAUAUCUUUGUAUUUCACGUGGCAUCAUCCCCUGAUGCAAGUAGUUGACCAGGAGAUGUUCCUGCGAGAAAUGAGUGCGGGAGACUUGGCUUCGGAGUUCUGCAGUCCUGUCCUUGUGAAUAGUAUCCUAGCAGUGGCUAGUAUUUAUUCGGAUUACGCUGAGACAUAUGCCGUUCCUGGUGAUGCAACAUCCAGAGGCCAGAAUUUCUUCAGGGAAGCAGAAGGACGGUGGAGGGCUGAGGAGGGCCGGCCUUCAUUGGCAAAUAUCCAAGCCUUGGCCUUGAUGAGCCACAACUUAAACCUCCAGGGUAAGGAUAAUUCUAGCUGGCUUCACCUCCGACAAGCCGUGCAGCUUGGGCAAGAUAUCGGCAUCUUCGAAUCUCCACCGUCACCUUAUUGCGAAUGGGACCGAAUGCCUGAUCAUGUCAAGCGCACUAGCGCAAAGACUGGCUGGGCCAUCUUCAUCCUGAACUCGGAUAUGUGUUUAGAGCAUGGCCGAAUGCCAAACAUGAGUACUCCGAGAUUGUCGCGUGAUAAAAUUGACGAUGUUGAAGAAGACAGCGUCUGGGUCCCAUACUAUGCGUUCUCGGACGGUAUAGACUUUCCCAAGAAGCCGUCUUUUCUUCAUUAUGUUUUUGCUGGAUUAGCUGAGCUGGCCAAAACCCUCGUGGACAUCCAGAACCUCUUUUUCGGCAGGGCUCCAGAUAUAAGCAUCCACGAGAUCUGGGCAGAGGCGAGUCCGUUAUACGACCGGGUUGAAGCCUUCCGUAAGAGCCUGCAGGAUCCAGCAGUUCUCGACGACCAGCCUGCCCCUCAAAUGAUUUUUCUGCAUAUCAAAUGCCACCAUAUCGCCAUUUCGCUGCUCGGCCUCGUGCUGGAGCAGCAAGACUCGAAGCCUUCGCUGGAUUCAGUGAUAAUAGAAGAACUGAAGUUGAACCGGAUCCAUGCUGUGAAGCAGAUCGCUCUAUAUCUGCGGUUGUAUAGUAAACAUUACGGUCUACCGCAAACACCGAGUUUGUUCUUUAGCCCUAUAAAAACAUGUUUGGUCGCCUUGCUUGCGUCGUUAGACACGAUCUCGACCGAAAUCAUUUCCAGCGAACUACACCAGAUGCUAUUAUCCUUUGGUGGGAGGUUUCCCGCUGCCAGAGAGGUCAUACACCAGAUUGACGCUGUCCAAUUCAAUAUUUGA